AUGGAGCAGUUUUUCCUAAAACAUCGCAAGAUGCGACACUUGAUAAUCGCACCACUAUUAAUCGCCGCGGCCACUUGGCUAACCCUAAUCGGAGUCGUUAGUUCCGAGUGCUGCAACACCAAGGCGACUCUAAACUACCAAAUCACUUAUUAUGGCUGCGGAGCUGUUGGGGGCAGAACAGGCGAUGCACCGGGAUCCUGUAACAUCACCAUUUGCGCCAACGGAGAGGUGAUGAUGGGCAGCCAUUGCGGGAACGGCACCUGCAAUGCAGCGGGCUGUAAAUGCGCCGAAGGGUGCCUUCAAGGUCGUUGGGCCAAGGAUUUUAUUUCCAAGAACAACGAGUAUUCCAUUAAGGUAGUGGACACGAUCUGGCACUACUAUCCUAAAUAG